UCCUCAGAUAGACAGCGCAGCGGCUUCUGUUGGACCAAUUAACGGGCCCGUCUGCGCGCUGCCCCGCGGAGCGUGUUUUCCUGGGCGGCCUCUGAGCACUCUGCCAGGACAGUCAGCUGCAGCUGCAGAACAUAAAGCACACACAGCACGGCACGGCACGGACACGAUCAGGUCCACAAUGGGUCCGACUUGGGCGCUAAUCUGUUCCACCGCUUUGGUCUUGGUUUUACUGAGCUCAGCAUCCGAAGAUGGGCCCAUACUUGAGCAGCGCGAGGUCACCUUUGACAUUGCCCAACUCAUGCAAGAGAUGCAGCAAGAGGCGGACUUGAGAGAUUACUUUGACUCAGUACAGUUUCAACCAAGGCAGAGAGGUUCCAGGCCAAGACCAGGGGAACGUAUGCCAGGUCCCCGUUCUUUCAGCGGUCCGACAACUUAUGAUGUUCAGUUUCCUCUGGGCCGGCCAACAUCAGAGAAUCUCCAAGCGAUCUGUGACAAUAGCGACCUUCGUCCACGCUACCCAUCAUCCUACUUUCCUGAAUCUGGCUAUGGAGUUAACAAGUUGAGGGCCUCUGCUGUGAAUAAUGCAGAGGCCUGGCUGAGCACAUGCUGCAAAGAGAACCAGACGUGGGAGAGAGAAGUGACCCUGUGUUGCGCAACACAGGCAUGGGAGCUGUCAGUUGAAAAGUACUGUGAGGAGGACCUUUCAAUAAAGCAUCCUUGGUAUCACUGCUGUAAAAUAAACAACAACAACAAAAGGCUCAGCUGCUUCAGCAAUAAUGCUCCAAACCCAAACUACAGGCCAACACAGGAGCUGCCAGUGGAACCUCUUCCCUCUACCAUUGAAUUCACCUUUAACCCGAACACUUGCCAGAGGACACAAUUCCCUGAACCCAGCGCCCUCAGAAAAAGCAAGACCAAGAAACUAUCUACUCCCCGAACAGCUGACAUCAGCUUUCCUCCUGGACGACCCACCGCAGAUACCAUUGAAUCCGUGUGUCGCAACCAGAGGCUUCGCCCCAUCUACAGCAUCAAGUGCCUCCCACGUUCAGGCUAUGAAAUGGUGGCUCUUCAGGCAAAGACCAUUAAUCUUAUAGAGAAAGGAUUCAAAAAAUGCUGCAAAAAUAAGAAGACUGAACUCAACUGUGCUGAACAGAAGUGGCGUGAGGAGCUGAACAAGUUCUGCUUGCCUGAGAACAGAGGACAGGUGAAUUACCCCUGCUGUUUGAACCAAAGCGAUAAAUACAGCUGUUUCCAGCAGAUGUCUCCAGACCCGUAUUAUAAUGUGACUUCUGCUCAUGAGGAAGUGUCGCUGAGCAAGAUAUGUGACACUCACAAAACCAUCAAGAAGAAAUUCCCUGUUGGGUUUCCUCUUAAGGACUUUGUGACACAAUGCUGCCCCCUGCAGGAAGAAGAGAAGACUGCUUGCUCUGUGCAACGGCUUGAAGAAAUGUCACAGAAGCUGUGCGCAUCAAAAAAGGCUGUUCCCACUACCGUCCGCCGCUGCUGCAAAUUGUCCUCACAAGAGACUCCACAGUGCAUCUCCAAAAUUAUCAUGAGCGCCAUCACCAAAGCAACCAACUUCUCAAGCCAGAAGAAGAGGAAAAGGUGCCCUAUCUCCUAAGCUUGUAUGGCCUUUCGCUGCUGACCCCACUGUCGCUGGGCCGUUCAGGAUCAUGGGGAGAUAGCAGCAGACGUGGCAUUCGGUCACUGAACAGAAACGAUUCAUGCAACACUUAAAUGUUUGUAAGACAAAAUGAAAUGUAAAAUGUUGACCGAGUUUUCUAGCUUCAACUACUGCCGGCAUUCUGAGACCAAAUUUCUACCAUUUAUACUACACAUACUUAAACAAGCAUACUGUUGCAUGCAUAGUUGCUAAAACAGACUAUUGUCUAGGACACUGUACCACUAUUUCUAUAGGCUGCUCUUUGCAUACUUGAUUAUAAAUUUCUUAAAUCUUUUGGAAAUUCAAGAUCUUUUUUUUUCUCUUUUAUAUGGUUUGUAGUUAAGAUCUUCUCUGAAAAAUAAACACAUUUUUAAAAUCUU